GGUCUCACACUCCGCCGCCGGCUUACACUGCGCUUCUUGCCGCUCCUCCGUCGCCGCCGCGUCCUUCGCCGAUCGCAAUGGAAGAAGAAAUCGCCGCACUCGUCAUUGACAAUGGCUCCGGCAUGUGCAAAGCCGGCUUUGCUGGCGACGACGCCCCCAGGGCCGUGUUCCCUUCCAUCGUAGGGCGCCCCCGACACCAGGGCGUCAUGGUGGGCAUGGGCCAGAAAGACUCAUACGUGGGUGACGAGGCCCAGAGCAAGAGGGGUAUCCUGACCCUGAAGUACCCUAUCGAACACGGCAUUGUCACUAACUGGGACGACAUGGAGAAGAUCUGGCACCACACCUUCUACAAUGAGCUGCGUGUGGCUCCUGAGGAGCACCCGGUGCUUCUGACCGAGGCCCCCCUGAACCCCAAAGCUAACAGAGAGAAGAUGACGCAGGGUUCUGUUCCUCUUCUCCUGGCAUUUCCUCCCUGAAGCCUCCAGAUAAUGUUUGAAACCUUCAAUACCCCAGCCAUGUACGUGGCCAUUCAGGCGGUGCUGUCCUUGUAUGCAUCUGGGCGCACCACUGGCAUUGUCAUGGACUCUGGUGACGGGGUCACACACACAGUGCCCAUCUAUGAGGGCUACGCCCUUCCCCACGCCAUCUUGCGUCUGGACCUGGCUGGCCGGGACCUGACAGACUACCUCAUGAAGAUCCUGACUGAACGGGGCUACAGCUUUACCACCACUGCUGAGAGGGAAAUUGUUCGUGACAUAAAGGAGAAGCUGUGCUAUGUUGCCCUGGAUUUUGAGCAAGAAAUGGCUACUGCUGCAUCAUCUUCCUCCUUGGAGAAGAGUUACGAGCUGCCCGACGGGCAGGUGAUCACCAUUGGCAAUGAGCGGUUCCGGUGUCCGGAGGCACUCUUCCAGCCUUCCUUCCUGGGCAUGGAGUCCUGUGGUAUCCAUGAGACCACUUUCAACUCCAUCAUGAAGUGUGAUGUGGAUAUCCGCAAAGACCUGUAUGCCAAUACAGUGCUGUCUGGUGGUACCACCAUGUACCCAGGCAUUGCUGACAGGAUGCAGAAGGAGAUCACAGCCCUAGCACCUAGCACGAUGAAGAUUAAGAUCAUUGCUCCCCCUGAGCGCAAGUACUCAGUCUGGAUCGGUGGCUCCAUUCUGGCCUCACUGUCCACCUUCCAGCAGAUGUGGAUCAGCAAGCAGGAGUAUGAUGAGUCAGGCCCCUCCAUCGUCCACCGCAAAUGCUUCUAGAUGGACUGAGCAGGUGCCAGGCAUCUGCUGCAUGAGCUGAUAUUGAAGUAUCAAUUUGCCCUGGCAAAUGUACACACCUCAUGCUAGCCUCAUGAAACUGGAAUAAGCCUUUGAAAAGAAAUUUGUCCUUGAAGCUUGUAUCUGAUAUCAGCACUGGAUCGUAGAACUUGUUGCUGAUUUUUGACCUUGUAUUCAAGUUAACUGCUCCCUUGGUAUAUGUUUAAUACCCUGUGCAUAUCUUGAUUUAGUCCUUAGUUCAUGUGGCUCGGUCACUUGGGGGCUGGGGAGAGCACGCUGUAGAUGAGAAAGCCCCAGCCUGGUGGAUCUCUGUGAGCACCACUGAGUGAUCUGUGCAGGGUAUUAACCAACAGCAGACUUCCAGGAUUUCCUGAGGCUGGCAAGGGUUCCUGAACCAGUUACCACUCCUUCUUGCCAGUCUAACAGGGUGGGAAAGUCCGAGCCUUAGGACCCAGUUUCAGUUCUGGUUUCUUCCCUCCUGACCACCAUCGGUUGUUAGUUGCCUUGAGUUGGGAACGUUUGCAUCGACACCUGUAAAUGUAUUCAUUCUUUAAUUUAUGUAAGGUUUUUUGUACUCAAUUCUUUAAGAAAUGACAAAUUUUGGUUUUCUACUGUUCAAUGAGAACAUUAGGCCCCAGCAACACGUCAUUGUGUAAAGAAAUAAAAGUGCUGCAGUAACUGACCA